CAAAAAUUAAUAUUUGAUGUUGUAAUAGAAAACGUGAAAUUGAUACUUUUAUACUUAAAAGCAUUUGUUAUAAAACUUACUUUAAUUAAUUGACCCAGUCUUCGAACACCUAUCACAAAUAUGAGUUCAAUCGGUACAGGUUAUGAUCUUUCUGCCUCCCAAUUUUCACCUGAUGGUCGUGUAUUCCAAGUUGAAUACGCAGCAAAGGCAGUAGAAAACUCAGGAACAGUUAUCGGCCUGAGAGGAAAAGACGGAGUUGUGUUUGCUGUCGAAAAACUUGUGACAUCAAAACUUUACGAACCCGGUGCUAACAAAAGAAUAUUUCACACCGAUGAACAUAUUGGCAUGGCAGUUGCUGGUCUUAUCUCAGAUGCCAGACAAAUAGUAGAAACAGCAAGAUCCGAAGCAUCGAGUUAUAGAUCACAAUAUGGAGCACCCGUUCCUCUUAAAUACUUGAAUGAGCGUGUGUCCAUGUACAUGCAUGCAUACACUUUAUACAGUGCUGUCCGGCCUUACGGAUGCUCAGUGAUAAUGGGAACUUGGUCGGAAUAUGAUGGACCCCAAAUGUUCAUGCUUGAACCAAGUGGAGUUUCAUUUUCAUACUUUGGAUGUGCUGUUGGAAAAGCGAAGCAAGCUGCAAAAACUGAAAUCGAAAAGCUUAAACUUGCUGACCUGUCGGUAAAGGAUUUAGUGAAAGAAGCUGCUAGAAUUAUAUACCUAGUUCACGACGAGCUUAAAGACAAGCAAUUUGAGCUUGAGUUGUCCUGGGUUUCAAAGGAUACGAAAGGACGUCACCAGAUGGUACCAAGAGAGGUAGCAGCAGAAGCAGAAAAUCAAGCCAAACAAGCUCUAGCUGAUAUUGAGGAUUCUGAUGAAGGAGACAUGUAAAAACAUAUAUAGAUAAUAAAAUUUUAUAUCAUA